AGUGACCUCGGAAGAUUUGACAGAACGCCGAAUCUGUAUUUAUUAAUGAUUCGACGCAUUAUCGGAUACAACUCGCGAGAAAAGGAUUCAUACAUACAGAAUGGCGUGGAUGAAGACGAAACUGGUUAUGGGAGUGAUAUGUGUCCUUCAUUUACUACAAGUGAGGGCGCUAGAUGCAGAUCUCGAGAUGACCCACGUGAUUGUCAAUUCAGUGGAUGACAUCAUACCGUUAGACACGCCAAGUGGACUUUUUCCUGUUGUCAACUUCAAGAAUUCGGGACCGACGUCUAUCAACGAAGCCAGUGGUGAGAACCUGAACUUCGAACUCAAAGCUUAUCUAUCAAGUGUGAAUGGAAGGCCAGAUGCUAGUAGUUACAUAUUGGGCGAUAUCGGAAACCUGUCGCAGUCUGUGGACAGUUUACGUCGCGGAAUCAGUGUAGAUCAUACCAUCGGGAUUACACUAUUCGAUGUCGAUAUAGAAAUACCAUCCUCAGUAUGUGAUUGGGUCAAAUAUUUCUGUGUUGAAGUGCAACUACUUGACACCACAGGUUUAGUUGAUCGUAAUCCCAAUAACAAUUAUGCUUGCAAGCUGUUUGAUUUACCAAUAUCCAUGGAUGACAGAAUUGGAAAGUUUCUUUGUUACAUAGAUAUUGCAUCUACAGCUGCUAAGGUGACUGAUCCAGCUGAUUUGGAAUAUCUGGCCGGCACUUCGUAUGACGUCACCUUCGAAACAAGUAUCACCAAUUAUGGAGGAAUCCCUUUGGGCUCUCCACCUAGUGGACAACACAAUUUGAAACCAAUUGUGUUUCUUACUGACAGCGAUCAACUGGAGGACGCUACUUUCUCUAUAGAACAACCUGCCAUAAUCACAACCUAUGACGAUACAGUGGAUCCAAAUGAGAAUAUUACUCUGGGAGUUUUUACUGCAAGUAUAACAAUUCCCCUAGAUGAAGCUGACUGCCUGAAGAUUACUCAUGUAUGUGUAGAAAUCGUCGGAGACAGAGACUACGGCGAGGAAUACCCUGAUAACAACGAUUAUUGUUUGAUGUUUGGUCCAGUUGACGAAGGCAAAGCAGGCAAAAAGUAUGGCUGUCCCGCGGACGGGGUCGAUCUUCAGAUUGAAUCUUUUGAAGUGGUUGAUUAUGCGACUGUGAUUUACAACAUUGGACGCGACACUGAUAUAGAAAUCAAUGCAAUAAUCAAAAACGUUGGCGAUACAGCGAUCGAAGAUUCAACACCUACAGGACCAAUCAACUAUGAAUUUGAUGUUUAUUUCAUCAACCACAGAUCUGACUUUGAUUCAAGCACUGAUACAUUGACCUUCACCGCUGAUUACACUAGUGCUACGAACAUGAAAGUUGGUUUAUCAUAUGGAAAUGUUUUAAGCAUAAGCCAAAUAGCGACAACUACGAACCUACCAGCCGACACGGCUAGGUGUACCGCCUAUCAAAGUGUUUGUUUAAGAGUAAGAGAAGGAUCAAAUGCACCAUAUGAUGAAGAUGUUACAGAUAACAACAUAUUGUGUAACGAAUUUGAUACAGUCGUAGGGCACAAGGAUUGUCCUGAUCUGGAUAUUGAUAUUGAACCAGUGAACAUGACAGUGACUCCAGUGACAGACCCUUAUCCAUUAGAUACUCCAGUAGACACAACUAUUGAAAUUGGGAUUACUAACAUCGGACCUGGUAAUCUACCUGAUGUUGCUGACCCGGAAGUGAAUUACGUAGUGAAAGUGUUCCUCUCAGACAGUGAUGAGCUCGAGAAUGCGAACCUUAAAAUAGAACAGACAUCUAUCACCACUGACGAUAAUCAGUUAAGACAAGGACUUGUUAAAGAUGGAAUAAUUGACAUCUCGCUUAAUCCAGCAGUCAUCACUUUACCUGAAAAUGAUUGUUAUGAUUUGCUUUACAUCUGUGUGGAAAUAUCUUUGCAUCCUGACAGUAUUUAUAUAGAAACGAACCCAGAUACUAAUGAUUUCUGUGUUCAAUUUGGGCCCCAGAAUGACGGCAAAGCUGGAGAAACAGAAUGUUUCAUUGAUAUCGCUGCUACCAGCGUUGAAGUUACAUCCCCACAAGACCUAACCUAUAAACCAGGGAUCGCUACUGCCAUACAGAUUCAACUAUCUGUAGACAAUAAUGGAGGCGUCACGUUAGAUGAAAUGACAGAGAUGGCGGAAUACAAUUUUGUUCCUCUCAUAUUACUCACAGACAAUGAUGACCUGGCAAGAGUUGGAUCACCCAUAGAAGCAGUCGUAAUCAGUGGUGGAUUCACACAAGAAGUUACAGGGAAGACAUCAAAUCUGACUCUAUCUCCAAAAAUUGAUGUGGAGGUCAUUAUUCCAACAGAGAGGGAUCAGUGUGAAAAGAUCCGAUAUCUUUGCCUGGAGAUAUUUCACAGUGUCGAUGUGUAUGUAGACACAGAUGCAUCAAAUGACUUCAAAUGUAUAGAGUUUGGAGCAAUCAGUGAAGGAAAAGCUGGAAUUAUUGAAUGUAACAUCACUAUUGACUUGUCAGCUAACAAUCUAGUAGUGGCUCCAGAGGUACCGAAGUACGACUUUGAUGUAGACACAGAUGUUGAACUAUCCGUGGAUUUAACCAACAACGGUGCUGGUGACAUUCCUCAAGCGAUAGGUGAAAGGCCAAACUUCAAUGUCAGAGCAUAUAUAACUGAUAGCGCAAAUCUCGAAGCCGCUUCACUGAUGAUUGAACAGGACCUUAACUAUGAUCAAGAAACUCUUUCCGGUGCAAUUGAUAACGGGGAUCUUCUUACGCUGCUGACUGACCAAGCCAUACUGAACAUUCCGCUUGAUAGGUGUUUGGAAAUUUCUCAUAUAUGUGUGAUUGUGACUCUGGCAGACGAUGGUAAUUCGGUAUUCUGGGAUCCUGACCUCACUAAUAACGAUGCUUGCUUAGGAUUCGGGCUAAUUACAGAAGGAUAUGCUGGUGUUAUCCCAUGCUUCAUAGAUCUUGCUGCCAUAAAUCUAAAAGUCAUCUCGCCACGGAAUCUGCGCUAUCUCGUUGGCGUACCAACUGAAGUCGAAGUCCAGCUUACCGUGCAUAACUACGGCGCGCUCACUUUGCCUCAUGCACCGGAAGAAGCUCCCAAUAAGCUGUAUAAUUUCAAACCGGAAAUGUUCAUAACAAACGGAAACAAUCUGGACACCGCAUCCAUGGUUGACCCACAAGAUGACGUUGAGAAAACGUUCAAGCAUGAAGUAGCAUCUGGCGUGACCGUGAUUUUGGUAUCAUUUAUGAUAACUGUAAAGAUACCUGAAGAAACGGAAGACUGCAGAGACGUUUCACAUCUCUGUAUUCGCAUCAAUGACAAUAAUUUCGUGUAUGUAGAUGGCUAUGCACCCAACGAUAACACGUGCACUGCCUUCGGUGAUGUGAGAGAUGGGAAGGCAGGACUGUACACGUGCCUCGGAGACGAGAUACCCGAUGGCGAAGAACGAUCGGGCUUACCAAUUGCGUACACCAUCGGUAUAGUUGUUGUAGUAGUCAUUGCUGUCCUCAUUGGUAUUACAGUGGCUAUAUGCAAUGGAUGUAAAAAGCGAAAUCCAAAGUAUAUGACUGCCUAGGAUACAUUUUAUAAGUGGAUGAAAUGAAGUCUUGUUGAGUUUUUUUGUAUAUCCCUGUACGAUUUUGGCGUAAUUUCUACUACAUGUAUUGAUUUCGUGGAAUGGAUCAAGAUGGUGGUCAUUAAAUGAAUAUGCAAUAAGACAUUGAUUUAGAUUAAAUUCUGCACAUAAAGAGUGUUUAA